GAGCCUGUGUGCAAGUGUAAACAGUGCCGUAAAUCUUCCAUCCUGUGGAAAUACAAAUGAGGAAGCUGGAAUGACAUCUGCUGGAGUUGUUCUGGAUCAAGCUGGCUUGUGCAGUAAAGAUAGUCCCCAUCAGGAAGUGCAAGCUGCUGAGGAGCGUGCAGCUGACAGUACUGUUACUGUGGUUGAAACUACAGGCGAAGCCCCAGCUUCCUUGGAGGGCGUGGAUGUGGCUAUGGGCCAAACUGAAUGCAGGAACUGUACAGGGGCAGCUGAGAGGGCUGCGGGCCAGCAGCAGGGAGAGGAUGGGAUGGCUGAGGCUGGUGAAAGGAGGACUGCAAACAUAGAAGAGCAAUUGCCAGCUAAGGAAGAGUCAGCCAGUGCCUCUCAGCCCUUACUCGGUGGUUUUAAUGGCACCGAGAGUGCAGAUGGGGAGGAUGCAAAUGUGGGAGUGGUGUCGGCGUGUGACAGUACAAAUGCAGAUGAUGGCACUGGCAUUGUCUCCAUUGACCUUUGCAAGACCAGCAAUAACAAAGAGACUGGAGCAGACUCGUGUACUGAUCAGGUAAACAGUGGCUUCUUGGAAAGCCAAGGCGAUGCCCAUGCUGCGGCGAGGCAGGAUGUCACUGCAAGUGCUGGGGCAGCGUUGCCAGCGGUGAAUGGGGUGAAGUUUCCCACAUGUGCAUCAAAACCUGAUCCUGGUUUGGAAAUCCAUGGCAGCGGGGAGCAAGAAGGGCAGAUAGAAGCAGGUUGCACAGUUGGGAAAUCCAGCUUGCCCUCCCUGAAAGACAGUAUGGAAACUGAUGGCCCUGACGCUAAACCUGAAAACAGUGACAUUGGUGGAUCUAAUCAAAGCGGUGCAGAACCUGCACCUUGCCAGGAGAGCGGUAAGAUCACUGAACGUGCAGCUGAAGCAAUGGAGGGCAGCGAAGCCCGUGAAGAGGAGCCAGCAGGACCUGAUACCAGCAGCAGCGGAGAUGGAGGAAGUGCAUAUUCUGCAGAUGGAGGUCAGGAAGUUGCUAGCUGUCACCCUUCUGCUGAUCAAACUGUUGUUGAAGAUGAAAUGGGCGACAGCUUCAAACCGGGCACUGCUCAAGAGAGCAAAUAUGAGCCUGCGUCGCUCCCUCUGGAGGGUGCCAGCGCAUGCCUGGCAGAAAAAGAGCCUGCACAAACCGAAGCAGAGAUAGCAGAAAGUGCUUCGGAGCAGGAGGGGCUGAGCAGCAAGAUGCAAUCACUCAUUCCCCUACCCAGAGGAGAAGGACCGGCUGUGAGUCAGGAGGGAGAUGCUGCAGUGGCACCUCCCGGGCAGGAGGCAGCUCUGCAAGUUAACGACCCUGGGUUAGCUCCGUGUGCCAAGGGCACAGACUGUGUGGAGGAUAAUUUAAUAGGCACACCCUCUGUAACUCAUAAUGAAGAAUCUAAACAAAACCAGGAAGCAGUGACGGUGGCGGCAGGCUCAGCAGAGCUUGCCCAGCAGCGUGGCGGGGAGCAUGGCAAGGUAGCUGCCGGAGCCGGCUGGCCUGAGGACCAUGCAGGGGAUGAGGGCUCUCCAGAGCAGAGCCUCUUGCAGGAGGCUGAAGGGGGCAAAGCUGAGCCCGAGCAGGAGGCUUCUGCAAGUGGCAGGGAGCAGGUCUUGUCGGAGGAACUUCGUGCUGCUGUUGUGAAACCCUCUGCCUGCUGUCAGGAGGGGCCUGUGGCAGGUGGCAGCAAUGUGGAUGCUGAGAUGAGAGGGACAGCCCGUGCCAAAGAAGCGUGCAAGACCAGGGCAGUGGGUGCAGGAGAAAGCACCAUCCGUGAACCUGCAUCGGCAGGCAAGUCACCAGGUGUGGAGAGCGACCCUUGUCCGGAUGCGGCCCUGAACCAAGAACAUUAUCCCAGUCAAACCCUACAACAAAUCUCCCCGCGCAGCAGUACCCCCGAAUUAAAGGAUGCUUCAGAAAUGAGAGCCCCGAGUGAUGCCUGUGAGGGUAAGGAAGUGUUAAGGCCGGUGACAAUAACCCCUGUCGCAGCCUUUCUGGAAGAGCAGGAGGAUACGGAAAGCAUGCUUCCCCGGGCAGCGCUUCAGCCCAUCGCAGAAGAGCCCACGUGCGACAGCGACUCCAGCACCGACACCGUUUGUCCAGCUGGCGAGAGUGAUGCUGGUCACACUGCAAAACCAGCUCAGGGGGAGGUCUUGGCUGAGCCUGAUGGGAAGCAAAGCCAACCUGUACCUGAAUCGCACUUGCCGUGUUUGUGCUAUUUGCAUGCUGUUGAGUCACUGGAAAAUGUGGGAGUAAAGAGUUUUGUUUCGUCAAGUGAUGGCUACUCGCUGGAUAAAGUUCCUAAAAUGGUAAAAAGUUUUGAUGCGGUGGUUUUUGCAGCGGAGACACCUUGUUCUCCUGAAUUACCAGCCACAGAAAAAGUGGAGCUUGAGACCCAGGCUGCAGUGGAUGUGGGAGCCAGCCUUAAUGGAGAAAUGGAUUUAAGUUCCUCAACGAAGAAGAGGAACAUCAGCCCAGCAGUGCAACAAGCUGAGCCUGUUACAGGGAAGUUGGAAAUGAAAACUGAAGAUGAGGUGGAUUUUCUGAAAGAUCGUGUCGAGAGCGCAGCCCGCGAGGAAGUGAUAAACCGUGAAAGCUGGUGUUCGCUGGAGCCAUGUCCCAAUUCUUCCCUGCUGGAGCGCAAGCGGACACGAGAGUCUCCAGAAUGUGAGAACUUCUUGGAAGAUGGGCUGAGUAGCGUCUGUGCCUCAUCACAGGGUGUCCUUAAAAGAGAGUCUGGGAGCGAGUCUGACCUCUUCCCCUUGCCUGGUGAUGGGAUGGAAGACCUUGUCUUUGGAAAGCAGCCUGAAGAGGAGCAGUCUGCCUGUGAUGUUACCAGCUCCAGUUCUUCUGCCGAUGACACCAUGUCCCUGGAGAGGAACUCAUCCUUGGGCAGCGACACAUCCCUUCCCUUCCCGCCAACGGUGAACUUUGUCCAGCCCAAGGACAGGCACAGCCUGGAUGGCAGCUGCAUGAACAUGGUGGCCACGGAGGGAGGAGAGAAGGAAGAGGAGCUGGACAGUAUCACGGAUGUGCCCGCUCAUUCCUCCGUCUUACGAAACUCCAUGCGGCCACUGUCACCUUUCCGUCGACACAGUUGGGGGCCAGGGAAGAACGCCACCAAUGAAGCAGAAAUAAAUCAGAGGAGUUCAAUGCGAGUUCUGGGGGAUGGUAUAAAGAAGCCUCCCAUUCAUAGGAGAAGUUUGAGCUGGUGUCCCUCUGGUGUACAGUUCAUUACCAUGGGUCCUGACUUUACUUGUAGAAGUUACAGCCUAGAAGGCCUUGCUGGAGACUCUGGUGAGAACAAGAAGCCUUCUGCAAACUUGGAGGCUUCUUCUCUGAGCUCCAAAGACCUCAGACGGACCCCGCUUGCCAGCAAUCAGUGCGGGUCCCUGGUCUUGCUCACUGAAGAACUUGAGCAAGGAGAAAUCAGAGACUACGAUCACCAGAUCCAUCAAACAUCACAGCCGCAAGGAUUUAAUUUCUGUUCUUCUGCUGUUUCAUCUCCACUGACCAAAUCUAUGUCUCUAAUGUCAAUUAGUAAACCAGUGCUGGACAGUACACAGGCGUUCAGCGGCCCCACGGGUUCCUCAGUUCAGAGCAUAUCUGAAGAGAGCAGCAGUGUCCCUGCUGGUAAAAGUGUAACAAAAGUCAGUCGAACCUUCAGCUACCUCAGGAAUAAAAUGUCCAGCAGCAAGAAGAGCAAAGAAAAAGAGAAAGAUAAAGAGAAGACUAAAGAGAAGGACAAAGAUUCCAAGGAGAAGGAAAAAGAUAAGAAGCUGUUAAAUGGACAUCUCUUCACUGCAACCGCCGUUGUAGCCCAAGCAACCUGUUACCACUGUAUGAAACCUUUCAAUAAGGAUUCGUACUACUGUGCAAACUGCAAUGCAAUUGUUCACAAAGGCUGUAAGGAGAGUUUUGCUUCUUGUGCAAAGGUCAAAAUGAAGCCACAGAGAGGGAUGCUGCAGGCACAUGAUACCUCUUCAUUACCCACAGUAACCAUGAGAAACAAAAGUUCACAACCGAAGGAGCGCCCUCGCUCUGCAAUACUUGCUCCUGAUGAAAACACUGUAACCUCAAUAUUCAAUAACAGGAGAUCACAACAGACUACAGCACUUUCAAAAAGUGUCUCAAUACAGAACAUUGCAGGAGUUGGGAACGAUGACAGCUUAAUACACACUUGGAAAUUCCUGUCGCAGUCAACAGACUCCUUACAUAAAAUCAGCCGGGUGAAUGAAUCCAUGGAGUCACUGGUUGACGAAGGUGCGGACAUGAAUGAAGGACAGCUGAUGGGAGACCUGGAAUUAGAUUCCAAGCAGCUGGAGGCAGAGUCCUGGAGCCAAGUAGUGGACAGCAAGUUCCUACAGCAGCAAAACAAAGAUGUUGUCAAACGGCAAGAUGUCAUUUACGAGCUAAUGCAGACAGAAAUGCAUCAUGUCCGCACCCUGAAGAUCAUGAAUGAUGUGUACAGUGCAGGGAUGUUAAAGGAACUGCAGUAUGAUCAACAAGUCGUGGACAAGAUCUUUCCCUGCCUGGAAAACUUGCUGCACAUCCACAGUCACUUCUUCCAGCGGAUUCUGGAAAGGAAGAAGGAGUCAUUGGCAGACAAAAGUGAAAAGAACUUUGUUAUCAAGAGGAUAGGUGACGUCCUAGUGAAUCAAUUCUCCGGUGAGAGUGCCGAGCGAAUGAAGAAAACAUACGGCAAAUUCUGCGGGCAUCACAAUGAGGCAGUAAAUAACUUCAAAGAUCUGUACUCAAAGGACAAGCGGUUUCAGGCAUUUGUCAAGAAAAAAAUGAGCAGCUCCCUGGUGAGACGUCUUGGGAUUUCUGAAUGUAUCUUGUUGGUAACACAGAGAAUCACAAAGUACCCAGUCCUUUUACAAAGGAUACUGCAGUACACCAAAGAAAAUGAAGUGGAACAUGAAGACUUGACUCAGUCAUUAAACCUCGUUAAAGAUGUGAUUGCUGCAGUCAAUAGCAAAGUCAGCAAUUACGAAAAGAAAAUGCGUCUUGGUGAGAUUUACAACCGGACAGAUAGCAAGUCCAUAAUGAGGAUGAAGAGUGGCCAGAUGUUUGCAAGAGAGGACUUGAGGCAUCGCAAGCUCAUCCGAGAUGGGCCUGUUUCACUAAAAAAUGCAGCUGGCCGGUUAAAAGAAGUCCAGGCUGUUCUUCUCUCUGACAUGCUCGUAUUCCUUCAGGAGAAGGACCAGAAGUAUGUCUUUGCCUCACUGGACCAGAAAUCCACUGUGAUCUCUCUGAAGAAGUUGAUCGUACGAGAAGUGGCUCAUGAAGAGAAGGGUUUGUUUCUGAUCAGUAUGGGUGUAAAAGAUCCCGAAAUGGUGGAAGUCCAUGCUAGCUCCAAAGAAGAGCGUAAUGGCUGGAUACAGAUCAUUCAAGACACAAUGAACACCAUGGAUAAGGAUGAAGACGAAGGAGUCCCGUGUGAGUCUGAGUUUGAAAAGAAAGUGUCGGAUGCCAGAGUGAGAGGACUGAAAGAACAACUUCAGCAGAAGGAUAAGCAGAUUCUCCUCUUGCUGGAGGAGAAGGCUAAGAUCUUCCGGGACAUGGCAGACAGUUCUGUGCAGGAGGACAUGCCAGGCUCCAGGCUGCUCUUCAGAGCAAACACAGAAGAGGCACCAAAAGGAGAGGCCAUUAUGAAAACUGCAAUAAAUGAAGUUGAACUGCUGCAAGACCUGGUGAACAGAAGCCUGGGCACUGCCCUCGGACAGCAGGUCAGCAGCACUGCCGUGGAACCAGAAGGAGGAGUUGGCCCCAUUUCUCUUCCUAGAAGGGCAGAAACUUUUGGAGGAUUUGACAGUCAUCAGAUGAACGCUUCCAAGUGUGGAGCAAAAGAUGAAGGCGAUGAUGCUCAGGACCUUCGGAGAACAGAGUCAGACAGCAUUUUAAAGAAGGGUGGAAAUGCUAAUCUGAUGUUCAUGUUGAAAAGGAAUAACGAGCAGGUCCUCCAAACCAUUACCAGCCUCCAUAAGCUGCUCAGUGCUUUGCAGGGUGUUGUGCUGCAGCAGGACACCUACAUUGAGGACCAGAAGCUGGCUCUGAGUGAGAGGGCUCUGACCCGAAGCUUCUUCCGGCCGACCUCACUGCUGGAGCAGGAGAAGCAGCGCAACCUGGAGAAGCAGCGCCAGGAGUUGGCCAACCUGAAGAAGCAGCAGACACAGCACCAGGAGGAGAGGCGGAGGAGAGAGAAGGAGUGGGAAGUCCGUGAGAAGGAGCUGGCGGAGCAGGAGGCCCACCUGGCCCAGCGAGAGGAGCAGGUCCAGAGAGGUUGGCAGGAUCUUGAGCGGGAGCGAGAGGAGCUGCAGGUGAAGAAGGCUUCCUACCAGCUCGACCUGGAGAGGCUUCGCGCAGCGCAGAAGCAGCUGGAGAGGGAGAAGGUGCAGUUCAAGCAAGAUGUUGAGCGAUUAGCUCAAAUGCGGCAGGAGCCUGACCACAACCAGGUUUCAAAUCUACAUGAGAAACUUGGAAGAGUCCCCUCCCAAUCCAGCAUUGAUGACUCCUCCAAGCAGAAGAGCCCUUCCCUUCCUAAACAAGGGCACUUUGAUGCAGAACUGUCUGUCUCCCCUAAAAGGAACAGUCUUUCAAGGACACACAAAGAGAAAAGCACUUUCCAUUUGCUUAGCACAACAAACCAGACUAACAAGGCAGCUGAGGAACAGCCCCAGAUGCCUACCCGUCUCUUCAGUUUAGCCAAACCAAAGGAGAAGAAGGAAAAGAAGAAAAAGGGCAGGGGACAUCGCUCCCAACAGUCUGAUUCUCACUCGUCAGAAGCACCUCCAGAGGGUGAGGAGAUCUUCUGCUGAGCACAGAUGGUUCCACUGGUCACUCUCGGCAUUGGUACAGUAGACAUCUCCCUGCCCGCUCCACAGCACGCUGCUGGUGCCUGCAUCUGACAAGCAUCUGGAGGUUUUAAAUAAAACAUGUUAUGAAGUCUGUUAAGUGGUGGGAAAGGGCCUCUCUCCUGUGGUUUUGCGUGAGUUCUCACCACAGAGGCUGACUGCACAGCAAAUAGUACCGUCUCUCUGUGCAAACCUUGGGUUGAAUCGAUUGGGAUAGAUGUUUUCUGUCUCUUCUUACUGCUAAAGGAUGAGAGAACAUAGCCUUAAGGGGUCUGUGCCUUCAAAUUCCCCUUUUCUGGGGAACAUAACCAAAACCAAGCAUUUAGCAAAAGAUUAGGACUCUACAAAUGGUGCGUACACACUGGCAUAUAUAGAUAUACUGUAUAUAUACAUAUAUGUAUCUAUGUAUCCGCUGGGAUAUGCUUACAGUCUGUCCAGCCACGCUUAGCUCGGCCCAUGGGGAUAGAUGAUACCUGAUGACUUUCAGGGAGCGUGUAGAUAUUAAAUAUCUUGCCCUUACUGCUCCGAUUGUAAGGCCAUUGACUUGCAUGCCCCUUUUGUGCUCAUGGUAUAUGGACUGUUCGGUUUCAGAAAGAUACAUUACACCAGGAAGCAGUAAUAGUGUUCAAAACAAAAAUUCAGAGAAAAAAAAAAUUAAAGUAAUUCUGAAAGAUUUUCAUAGGACAGAGGAUUUAAAUGUCAAACUGUUUCCAGAAUCAAGCAGAACGUCUUUGGGUAUGUUUAAAAUGGUGCAGAAAAGAGAAAUCUGGUAGGCUUGUAAGACAACCCCAGGGAGCCAGAACAAAUAGUAUUCAAGUGGGAACAACUCUAAGCAACUUUUUUUUAUGCAGUCUCUUUGAGCUCCAGUUCACUCCUUCCCAUCCCCUAAGUUAAGAUUUUUAUUUUUUCUUUUUGCCAGAAUAUAGUUCUCCAGUUAAAUUUGGCAUCCCUUCAUUACAAGCCUGAUGACUUACUUGGAGAGAUGGCUGAAAAUCUGCUUUUAGGGACCUUUGUUCUUUUAUUUGUAUUUUUCUUCCCCUACUUCAUGUGUUAACAUUGGGCUUCUGUUUCUCUGGAUUUUGUCAGCUUCCCUUGCUUGUUUCUAAGGCAGAAUGAGACAACAGCAAUUUCAGAGCACUUCAGUGAGAUACUGCAGGUCAGGGGACUGAGUGAUGUGAGCAGAGCAAACUCCAAAGCUGCGGCUCCUGGUUGCUAUGCCUAUACAAUACUGUGCACUUAUUAACCGUUUCUGGGGAGAUAAUACCUUCUCAUGGACAAAAGCACGGUGGGACAGGUCCAAACAUCCAGUGUGGCAGGUCUGUUUCCAUUGCCGUGGGCUCUAGGGUGAAAGUGUCCGUGUGUCCCCGUGUUGCCAUCAGCAGAAGGGGGAGGUCUGAGGGUGGCUCUCGCUGUGCUGACUGUGAGGUGUUUGUACAGCUGUUGAAUAUACGGAUGUGUUCAGCAGGGGAAGAGAAAUGCAGCAAGCCAAACUUUUUUCCAAAAUUAUUGUUCCUCCAGUCCCUCUCAGGGGAAUUGUCUGAGCAGAUUUGUAAAUGGUUAGGAGAC